AUGCACAUAAAAACAAACACAAGUGCUCAUCCUUCAACAUCUAAGUUGCUACCAACACCCAGCAUCCAACACCUAGAAAUAAUCAGAAAAUAUUAUCACCCAAAUGUUCCUUCGGCUAUCAUCGACGAGUCCAACUUCCUUUCAGCAGUUGUUGGCGAAGCCAAGGCUGCUCCUUCUAGCCAUUACUACGAUCAUCUUGCUAGAACCUAUGAGGGUGCUUUUUCCCACGACAUCGGUCUCCGAGUAUUCAUUGAAAGAACCCUUCUGGAACUACCCAACAACUCAAAAGUUCUCGAUAUUGGCUGUGGAACUGGCAAGCCAGUCUCAUACACGAUGGCAGCCCAUGGUCAUAAUGUUCAUGGUCUCGACCUAUCCGGCGCCAUGGUCGAUCUAUCCAUGAAAUGCAACAACACUCCUGACUUUGACGUCAUCUUUACCAUCUUCUCGCUCUUCUGCUUGUCUCGCGAAGAGAUGACUACAAUGGCCUCAAAGAUGUUCAGUUGGUUAAAACCAAACGGACUCUUGUGUAUCGGCACCAUCUGCGCCGAAGACUUCAGAACAACACCUUCGAUGUAUGAUGCGGAUGGAUUGUGCGCCACGGGUGUUGAAAUGAUGUUCAUGGGAUCAAAGUGUUCUUCCAUGACAGCAUUCACAAAGCAGGGUUGGAAAGGCCUGAUUGAGGCCGCUGGUUUUGAGAUAAUUCACACGAAGAGUGAUUUAUUCACGCCACGGCCCAGUGCAGGCAUUGCUUCCGAUGAUGAGAUGCAUUAUUAUAUUAUGGCAAGGAAGAUCUAA